UGGAAGACUACAGAUUGGCACAGAUGGGCUGGUUUGGUCUUUUGGUGGUCCUGCUGGGGGCCUCGCUCCGGCCAACUGAAGGAUGGAGAAACCCGAAGGGGGCACAUGAGAUGAAGAACACCACUACAGCUCUCCACCUAAUCAGUGGAGGUGCAGAUGAAGAAGUGAGUGACAUUGACCGUGGGUCGCUCAGGCACCGCGCCAGCUGCAGGGCUCGGGUGUGCCCACGGGGCCGCCGCUGCCUGCCGGACAAGGAGACUGGCCGGGCGCGCUGCGUGUGCCAAGACAUCUGCCGGCCCACCUUCGUGCCCGUAUGCGGCUCCGACGGCCGCUUCUACGAGAACCACUGUGAGGUGUACCGCACCUCCUGCCAGCAGAAGAGGAGGAUCUACGUCCUGCACAGCCGGGACUGCUUCUUCAAAGGUGACACAUGCACAAUGGCAGACUACAACAAACUGAAGGUCUUGCUUCUGAACAUGCAUCCGAAAAACCAGAGCAGUGAAGUUUUAACACAAGAAAAGCGCAUGGACCAGAAGAGGAAUCUGGUGGACACCAUGUUCAUGUACUUAGAUGCAGACCAGGAUGGGCAUGUUGACAGUGAAGAACUGGCCCAAAUAUCCAUGAAAGACCGCCUGGAGGACAGCUUGCUGGAGUGCACCAUGCAGGACCUGCUUCGAUACGAUGACUACAACAACGAUGGGCUCCUCACCCUGCAGGAGCUCUACACUGCAUUCCAGGUCGUUCAGCUCAGCCUCCCUGAAGACAAGAGAGUGAGCAUCUCCGCAGUUACUGUCGGCCUCAGCACAGUACUGUCCUGUGCCAUUCAAGGGACGCUGCGCCCACCAAUCAUCUGGAAGAGAAAUGGAAUUGUUCUCAAUUUCUUGGACCUAGAGGAUAUUAAUGACUUUGGUGAUGAUGGCUCACUCUACAUUACCAAGGUGACAACUAUCCACAUGGGAAACUACAGCUGCCAUGCCUACGGAUACGAGGAGCUCUUUCAGAUCCAUGUGCUGCAGGUGAAUGUGCCCCCCGUGAUCCUGGUGUAUCCUGAGACUCAGGCGCAGGAGCCUGGAAUGGCAGCCAGCCUGCACUGCUAUGCUGAUGGCAUCCCCAACCCCAGCAUCAUCUGGCUGAAGAAUGGCAUGGACCUGCAGCCCCGGCUUUCCAAACAGCUCUCACUCAUAGCCAAUGGCAGCGAGCUUCACAUUGGAAGUGUGCGCUAUGAGGACACAGGGGCCUACACCUGCAUUGCCAAAAACGAUGUGGGAGUGGACGAGGAUAUCUCCUCGUUGUUCGUGGAGGACUCUGCCAGAAAGACACUCGCAAACAUACUCUGGCGGGAGGAAGGGUUGAGUGUAGGAAACAUGUUCUACAUCUUCUCGGAUGAAGGGGUCACUAUUCUGCAGCCCAACGAAUGUGAAGUACGCAAGCAUGUUAAGCGAUCGGACAGAAUCGUGGCGAGCUACGAGGAAGUAUGCCCCAAAGGUGAAGGCGAUUCCCCUCCAAAGUGCACGUGGGCCUCAGCCGUCACUGUCAGAGACAAGUACAUCUAUGUCACUCAACCCCUUCAGAACAGACUGCUGCUCGUUGAUACCCAGGCCCAGAAAGCUGUGCAAGUAGUGGAGACGGACCCGGUACCUGUGAAGCUGCAUUAUGACAAGUCUCACGACCAGGUGUGGGUACUGAGCUGGGGAGACCUCGGCAAAACCCAUCCCACUUUGCAGGUUGUCUCCCAGGCAAGUGUUGGAGAGGAGCAUCGCGUUUUCCGCACACAAUUCCAAAGAGUUGACGACUUCUUCAUUCCCCCCACCAAUCUCAUCAUCACCCAUGUCAGGUUUGGCUUCAUCUUCCUUAAGUCAGAAACUGCAGUACACAAAAUUGAUUUGGAGACCUUCCAUCGUGUCAAGACUAUCAGUCUGAAGAACUAUAGCUGUGUGCCAGCUGGUAUGGGCUACACACACCUGAGUGGCUACUACUUUAUCCAUUGCCAGGGUAGGAAUUCCACAUUGGUUCCACCCCAACUGAUCAUUGACAGCGUUACUGACUCUGUCAUUGGACCCAACCGUGACAUUGUUGGUAGACCUUAUGUGUCUCCGGAUGGUCGCCACGUUGCCACGCCAGACUACAGGAGCGGAUUGCUUAGAGUGCAGACCGUCACGUUCCAAGGCAAGCUACAGCUGAGUCACGAGUUUGAUUUGGGCCUGAACAUUUCCGACCUGAUCUUCCAACCCUCCUUUAUGGAGUCCAACCAGUACAGCAUUGUGGCUACCUCCAGGUCAGGGACGGAGUUGCUGCUUGCCAACCUGUCAACAGGGAGGAGAGAAGUUCUGAAGACCCUAAAAGAACCCAUCCCACCUGAAUCAUGGUCCUGGAAUAGUGCCAAUCGGCUAGUGGUGUCCAGCGGACUAUUUGGCCAAUUCCUGGUCACCCCUGCAGCGCAGUCCCUUUUUGUGCUCAACGGGAAGCAGCGGAGCCCACACUGCGAGCUUUCAGACAUCAAGAAAGGUAACACAGUGGUGUGGAUAGGGGAGGUAUGAGUACAUCAAGAUCUCACAUAAACUACAAAAUGUAAAUGGACUCAACCACGGGACUGAGCUAGAGAAACAAACGAGUGGUUCAUUUUGUAGAAGAGAAUGGCAAAAAAGAUUAAAUAGUAAACCUACCGAAGUAUUUUUAUUUGGAGAUGGCGAUGAAACUCUUCAGUGCAACAGUGAUCUAUGCGCACUUCUCUAGCAAGAGUUGUACAGUUAUUGCACCUCCUCUUAACACAGCAGGCAAGCAUUAGAAGAAAGGAUGAAUGGUUUAUUGGAAACAAACUAUGCACAAUGCUCACUUUUUUAGAGUAAUGCUUUCUUGGUUUAGGAUGUUUGUCAUACACCAGUGCUGCAAAUAGUCACUAUACCAAGUUGUCUGCCUUUAUGUGUCUCUAGUCUCUUUCAGAAGUAAUGGCCCUAUUUCGCAAACAAUGGUACUGUGAAAGUUCAUGUUGUUGUUACAUGUUUUAUAAAGUCUUUCAUCUCAACCUUUUAGGUUGGCGCAUCUUUUAGGAAUAAUGCCACUAUUGUCUUUGAAAUACCUCCUAAGGAAUUCUAUUAUGGAACUCUACGAAAAUUACAUUUUGUCCGGCAAAUACUAAAUAAAAAGCAAGCUAUGAAACAAUCUUAAAAUAGUAAAGACUGCAUUUGAUCUGCUGCACCUCUCUUUUCUACCGCCUAGGUUUAUUUGACAGAGAGAUCAUUUCAAAUCAAAAUCAUUUAUUUUACAAAUGAUGUACUUGUAUAGUUUUGUCAGCCAACUACAUCCAACUAACACCCUUGUUAACAUUGUACCUGUCACUUACUUAGGGGCUCACUCUAUC